CCAUAGUCAUUUGUCACAAUCACAACACAACUGUUUCUUAUAUAUUUCUCCGAACUGAUAUAAAAUUACAAUAACAAAAUUAUAAACAACAAGUAAUGUUGAUAAUCUAAUGAUUUGUUUUUAUUAUUUAUUUUUGUCUGCCAAGGUUCCGAUUUGCCAUUUUAUUAUUUUAGUUUUGUAAAAACUAUUUCGUUCAAAGGUCUUACAUUAUUUUGCAAAGCAAUGAAUCAACAAACAAAUUUAAUUUGUGCUGUUUGCGGAGAAAACGAUUUCGAAGCCAAAGAAGGAUAUUACUAUUGCAACGAAUGCGGCACAAAAUCCGAGCAAGCCCGUGUACUCGAGGUCGAAAGGGAAGAUGACUUCUGUGCUGGAACUAAACACAUUAAAAAAAUUAAGAUAAAAACCGAUAAGACUUCAGAUAAACUGGAACUGACUUCUUGGGAAUGUUACAAUUAUAUCCUACGUGGUAUGGUUGAAGAACUAAUUGAGUUGGGUGCUAAAGAUGAACUUAAAGUUAUGGUCUUUCAAAUUUGGGCAGCAUUUCUGAGGAAUAAAGAAGUGGCAUUCUUUAGUCGGCGUCAUCCUGAGCUGCCAAAAUUAGGAAUACGUUUUGAAGAAAAGGAUGUUGCAAUUCUCUACAAUCAUGCCAAAGAACGUCAUAAAGCCAGGCGUGAAAGGAAAGAAAAUGCAUCAAUUGCAUCUGGAACUAAGGCUUGGAAAAAAAAGAUGAAAAACCUUGAUCAAUCGCAAUAUGAAGCAUCUAUAUCUCAAUCGCAGUCCAUGUAUUCACAAUCACUUAUGUCGCAAUCAUCUUUUGCUGACACAAGUUUAAAUUCAUCUGGGUCAGCACCAAGUAAUCGCGCAAUUCAGUUGAAAUUCUCAACCAACGCAAGAAAACUCCUUAAAAAGAAGAUGUCUUUAUCUCAUUUAAAGAAGCAUGAAAAAGAUUUCAAUAGUUCACUUAAAUGCCACAGUAUAAGCAUUAAAACAUCUGAACUCAGAUACAAUGAUCGUACUAAGGAACUCAAUAUGAAAUUGGUUUACGCUAUCCUCUCUGUAGCCCUUAACUUGAUAGAGGAUGACAUUCAGUUAACAGAUUUAUUGAGAUUCAUAACUGAAGGUCACAUUUCAACAUUUAAUCUUGAGCGUUUCUUCCCUCCCGACACCAGCGAAGCGUGUAAGGCUUCUUUAAAGACGUUUCGUUUGAAUCAUAAGAGCAGAGAAUUUGCCGCUACCCAAUUGCGUGAACAUUGUGGCCAGAUAUGCAAGGCUAUUCACUUAAAUCACCUUAAAACACCGGAUAUUUUUAAACUUGUUGAGAGAUACACAAAAGAAAUGUGUCUACCGGAAGAAAUUAACAUCUUUAUUGAACGAUUGAUAAAUUUGCAUCCACCUAAAAUGGAAUGGGAUUGCCGACCGUAUACACCCUGCUAUGAAAGUCGUGCUAUGGCAUACAUCAUUUUUGCUUUAAAGCUGUUAUUUGGCAUCGACGGGCGAAAGGAAAAGCAAAUAUCGCGAUCAGCUCGGAGAGUCAAUUUAGAAUUGAGCACAAUGAAUGAAAACUACGAUCCACUAUUUGUGUGGGAUGAUUGGGUAGAAUAUAUAGAAUUUAGGAAAGUUCUUCUGUGUAAUAACAAUUACUAUGUUUGUAAGCAGUUCAAACAAAUUCCAAAUCGGGAAUUAUAUCUUCAGCAUUUAGAAGAACGUCGCCAAAAUACUGAAACCAAUUUGUCCAAAGAUAUGAUAAAAAAACAAGCCAAUAUGAGUGCUGUUUUUCAACAUUUCCUCAACGCUGGAGACAAAGAAGAUAAAGAUUUGUCAGCACUUAACUUUGUACCUUCUUUUACACCCUGUCAUAAUUAUUUAAAACGUUUAAAACUAGAUCCCAAAAUUAAAAAUACAAUUCCCGAACUUUUGUAUGUGGAUCACUCGAAGCGUACUCUUAUGCCAUUUUUGAAACCUACAAAAUUAAAAGAAAUCUUCACGAAAUGCAACAGAAAAUUGAGCAUAAUUCGACUUGCUUGUACAACAAAACAAAAUAUUGUAGGGAUUUUUCAAAAUCCGUUUUUGAAAUAUCUGAAUAGAAAUCCAAAAAAAAUCAAUUUAACCGACGAUAAUGGGUACUGGGAAACCAAAGUAGAAGCUCACAAACCCGCCGACACAAUUUUCAAGUUAGAUUUAGAUCGGUAUACAUCGAGAUCCUCUCUCAAAAACCUCCAGAAAAGAUUUAACUACAAGGAAGAUAUUAACAACGCUAUAAAAGAUGAAUACUUAUUUUUAGAAAGCAAGUUGGAAGAAGACAACAUGGAACCAGGAGAAAUUCGUCUUACCAAACCACGUCGAGACUUGGAAAAAAUAAAUAUAUUUGCUGAUUUAAGUGAGGAUGAAGACUACGAAGAAAUUGAGGAAAGCCACCAGGAAAGUUUUUAUAAUGUCUCAAAAACUAAUGGAAUGGAAGUAAACACAGGAACAAAACUUAAAAUUUCCAACUUUGAUUGUUGGCUUCUUAUGGGGCGAGCAUCUGAUCUGAACGAAACGCAAGCUAAUGAGCUUAAGCGUAAUUUACAACCGACAUUCUUUUGGUUAUUGGAAACUUGUGCUCUCACGAUUAGAGUUGAUUGGAGAGAAUUGUAUGAUGAGCUAAUGGUGCUGGAGACGUUUUUUGCAUAUGCUAUUGAGCCCCUGGAAAAUUUGAAAGAUAGAGUUGUUUUUCGAAACGAAAGCCUAAUUAAGGAUAUUAAUAAAAUAGUUCGUUUUUUUCAAUCUCAUUGGUAGUAUACGAAAGUAUUUGCGGAGGAAAUUUUAUUUAAUAAUAAUAAAGAAAUACAAAUGUUGUAACAUUUUUUAAAGAAAAGACAAAUGUAUUGAUUACUGAAUAUUAAAAUUAAAUUUUAUACAUAAAUAUGUAAUAAGUUUUGUUUAAUCUUCUAUGUAAAAUGAUUUAUUUUUUUACUGAGCUUUUUAAUGUCAAUAUCCAGAAGCGACCAUUUUAAUAACGAGUUUCAAUAAAGGCUAAAGCUAUACCUACAUUUGAA